AUGUUGUCAGAGUCUACAACAUCAUCAAAUAAUUCUCUACUAUCAAAAGCAUGGAUUUAUUAUGAACAAGGUUCAAUAACACAAACAUUACAACAGACAGUUAUACCUAUUAAUACUCAAUUAGAGUCGAAUGAAGUAAUUGUUGAAAUAAAAGCAGUUGCUAUCAAUCCUGUAGAUAUUCAACUUGGUAAUAUAUCACAAUGGAUCGCAAAUUGGCUAUUAGCUUCUGGUAUGAAUAAAGCAAAAAUUCCUGGUGCUGACUUUUCGGGUAUAAUUUAUAAAAUUGGUUGUAAUGUUACUAAAUAUAAAAUAGGCGAUGAAGUAUUUGGUAUUUAUGCUGGUAGUGUAACAGAUUUAAGUGCUCGAAGUGUAUUUAAAACAAUUUUUAAUCUUGAACAACGUUAUGGUUCAAUAAUAGCUGGUUUAUUAAAAACAAGAAAAGAUAAACAAAAUCAAAAUUCAAUACAUUUUCUUUUUAAUGAUUUAAAUUUAAAAGAUUAUUCAACAUUAUUAAAUAAAUAUCCAAUUUAUUAUUUACGUGAUGGAUUAGAAACACUUGUAAAGCAUUAG